AUGGAACAUUCAGUAUUCUCCAACCGCUCAAGCGGUGACCACGCGCUUCUCCCCCCAAGCAUAGGGUGGAACUGGUAUCACACUGCAGCUCUUCUGACGACAUCCAUCAUCAUUUAUGCUACCCUUCCUCUAUUGCGAUCUUCAAAAUCUAAUGACAGCCUACCCGUUGCAAAUAAGCUGUUCCCAUUUGAACCGUCCUUCUUUUCUAGAAUCCGAUGGGCUCUUUGGGCUCAACAGAUUAUUCGAGACGCUGACAAGAAGACACAAGGGCGUCCAUAUAAACUUGCUCGAGGGGAUUCAGAACUUGUCGUUCUCCCUGCUCGCUUGAUUCCCGAACUCAACCGGUAUGGCGUGGACGUCCUUGACAGCAGAAAGUCACAUGCAUUCACCCUUUUGGGCCAUCUGACCGGCGUGGAAGUGGUCGAACACACCAAUUACCAUGUUCGUAUGCUUCAAGGCAGCAUCACCCCGGCUCUUCCUGAGUUGUUCCAUUCUAUGGCAAAGCGGAUCUCAGAUGCUCUAAAGGAGGAAUUCCCUCAAAUUGAUCAAUGGACCAUCAUGAAGCCACUUCCCGCAUCAGUCCGCUGUUUUAGCGAAGGUAUUGCACUGGUUUUGUAUGGCUCCAAAAUGGUUGAGAACCCAAGACUUGUCGAACUGACCUAUACGCUUACAAGAAAUGUCUUCGUCGUGGCAUUCGCUAUGCGAUGUGUACCUUCGUGUCUCAACCGUUAUCUUGCUUGGCUUCUGCCUGCCAAGUGGCGGAUGCAUCAAGACUGGAAAGCCCUGUCUGAUUUCGUAAUUCCCGAAGUGCAGCGGCGGAAGACAGUAAUUCUUGAGGGCAAGGAAGAACACAGUCCUGAUCUCAUUACUUGGAUGGUACAGAGUGGCCGAACAGAACUAGAACGUGACCCUCAGGUUCUGGCCACGCUCUGCGGAUCAGUAGCUGCCGGGUCCACAUACAGCAUUGCCAACUUUGUCUGCCGCGCACUUUCUGACUUGACAAGCAAUCCAGAGGUUCUAGAGGCAGUUCGCGCCGAGAUUCUAGCCAAAAACGCUGAAAUUGGGGGUCGAUGGGAUACGGCGGCUCUCGCGAGCCUGCCCUGUCUCGAGUCGGCUAUGAAGGAAACAGCUCGUCUUGCCCCUGGUACCCUCAUUGUCUACAGCCGCGCUGUGACGCAGGAUUGUGUCAUUGGCGGGGUUCCGUUGAAAAAGGGCCAGUUUAUGACCGUCUCUGGGCCUGGACGAGCCAUGGACCCCAACAUUUACGAAGACCCGACAACAUACAAGGGGCUUCGGUUCUGUGCUGACGACAAGAUCAAAGAACAUUCCGUAAAGCCGUUCCGCAGUGUUGAUACAGACAUACUCACUUGGGGCGCCGGGAAAUGGGCCUGCCCCGGACGCUAUAUCGCCGACAUGGCCGCCAAGAUCCUCCUCAUCCAACUUAUAGAUGCUUACGAGUUUUCUUUUGUUGGCGGCGUGCCACUGAAACAUGAUGCGAUCCACGAGUUCCUUUUCUUCCAUCCCGACAAUAAGAUGCAGGUCCGACGCAGAAAGGAUGCCGUAGGCAUCAGUUUAUAG